UUAUUUUGUGAAGACUUGUCAUCACAGUCUAGCCCAGGAUAUUAUUACUGCUGUAUCUUAGACUUGCCAGUGCUUCAGGAUCAGCAGAGAAUAUCAUGGCAGAUUUCUCCAGAUUCCCUGCCAGCCCAAGGGCAGACAUGAUUACCGGUAUCUCUUUUUGUUGUCUUCUUUUGUUUCGGCAAAGAUGCUUCAUGGUUGUAGAAAAAUGUACUACUAAAACUACCACUACUUUAUCAGGCCGCUUGUGUACAUAUAUGUAUCAGCAGCGCCGAGUCUUCUUCUCUGAAUCACCAUUGCCUCCUGGAGCUGCUUUGCCACGCUGCAUAUUUCACUUCACAUGGCUGGACUAGCUUCCCAGAUGAAGAGAUACUGUGACUGCUACAAGAGAUGCGUGGACCAGGACGGAAAGAUGAAGUGUUUCCUCAGACGCAUGACUGCUAAUUUUAGACAUGGCAUGGUCAUACCGAACAAGUUCAUAGAGCAUUUCGGAGGAAAGAUCUCAAGGACCAUCGAACUGGAAUCCCGUAACGACAGCAUGUACACCGUUGAAGUCUCCAAGCUUAUGAAUGAAACAGUCCUCCGGCAGCGUGGAUGGGAGGCGUUUGUCGAUGCGCAUCGCGUCGAGGAGAAUGACUCGCUGCUGUUUCGCCACAUUGAGAAGUCACGUUUCGAGGUCCUGGUGCUCGACUCCGAUGACUGUGAGAAAGUGCUUCCCUCUGCUGGCAUCAAAGUUGCCUCUUGUAAUGUUCAAGAAAGCAGCAGCGUGGAUUAUAUUGAUAUAUCAAGCAGCGUGGGUUAUAUUGAUAUAUCAAGCAGCUCGGGUGAUGAUACCACAAGGUCGCCAGGGAGCCAACGCUUUGCUACGUGUGAAAGAGGCGACUCGAGCCAUCCUAGAAAAACUGCUGUAAUAAACGACUCCUCGUCUGAGGAGGAUUCAGGAGAAGACAGUGACGCGAAGGCAGAGGAACAUUCUGAAGAUGAAUCGUUUUUUGGGCUAGAUGAUGAUUGUCAGACACCUUGCACAGGGCGCGACUAUGUCUUGUCUCCAACGGCUCGUCUGUCUGGAGCUCAGGAGGAGAGAGUAACUAGGCUUCUCCAGGCUGUUCGAGCCGAGACUCCCGUGUUCGUGGCCAUCAUGAAUAUGAGCACACGGAUUCGUACUACUGUGAUCCCCAAGCCUUUUGCAGAGGAGCACUUCCCGCGUGAGAGUCAGAACCUGACGCUGCAGCGGCCAGGCAAGAGCAAGAAGUGGCACCCCUGGUUUUACAUCAGGAAGAGUCAAUGUGGGCACGUCCUCUCCGGGUCUCGCUGGGUAGGCUUCCUCCGUGACAAUGGCGUGCAGGAGGGAGAUCUCUGCGUCUUCCAACCAGUGAGGGGCACUGGCACCAGGAGCAAAUUCACAGUCCAUCUGCUUCACGAACCCUUGGGUGCUAGUGGAACCGGGGACUCGGAGGAAAGAGCAACAAUGGUGAACUCGGCAAAGGCGGCCGGGACACCCCGCGUUAACAAGGAACCAGAUGAUGGGUGCAACCAUGGUCGUCAGACUCAGAGAGCACGGCAGCUACCAAAGCCGGCGCGUCCCUACGUGUUGUCAUCCACCGCACGCCUGACUGAGGAGCAGGAGAGGGAGGUGGACCGGACAGCCCGCGCCAUCGGGUCUCGGGUUCCCGCCUACGUGUCGGUGAUGAACAGGAGCAGCGUCGGCGUGGGCAACAGGAUCUACAACGUAACCAUUUCCGGGGCAUAUGCUGCCGAGUACCUUCCACCCGGGGAGCGGGUCGCCGUGACGCUCGUGAGGAGGAAGAAGCAGUGGGAGGUCGAGAUGCGGGCGAGCACCCCUGGCGGCGGCGGGCGGACGCUGGCGCAUGGCUGGCGCGGUUUCGCCCGCGACAACCGGCUGCGGGUGCAGGACGUGUGCCUGUUCCAGCCCAUGGAGAAGAACCACGGGAGCCUUACCAUGACGGUCCACAUCAUCCGUCACAGCGGCAAGCGGAAGCACUAGUCUCUCUUCUGUUUUGCCGCUGGUAGUAGCUCUUCUGCUUGUAUUGUGUGAGCUUUUGGUGGUCUUGUGGUACUAGCCUGAAAACUUUGUUGGGGUAGUAGGAUGCAUGUCUGGCACUAUGGCUAGUGGCUGCUCUCCAGAACCUGUGUUUAUGAAUUAUGAUGGCUAACAAGCUGUCUGCUGUGCAAUUUACCAAGAGGCCUUCUAGCAACUCAGAGCUAAUGUUAGGCUGGGUUUGUCACCUGUGGACCAUUGCAAGUAGUAACUGAGGUCAAUGCAGAU